AUGACAAAAAAAAAAAAAAAUUCAUUUCUUACUAAAGAUGAUUAUAAUGGUUUUAGUAGCAGUUGUAGUAGUGAUGUAAGUAAUAAUUUGGAGCCUUAUACAAAAGAAAUAUUCGUCAAUUUUGAACAGUUAAGGAAUGCUGAUAGUAAGAAAAAGGAGAUUAUAACAACUUUCCAACGUAUGAACCAAGAGGGUGGAAAAGAAUGUGUUGAGAAAUGUGGAGAUCAAAAUGAAAGUCUCCAAGAUGGUAAACCCCAAAAUUGUGAUACCCUGAACUGUGUCCAAUCCAAUUGUAAGGAAUCUUAUCAUUACACAGAAAUUUCGAAUGUGGAAAAACAACUGUCUAACGAUAGGGGAAAAAGAAAUAAAAAAGUAACCAACUUAAAUUAUAUAGUGCACUAUAACCGAUAUAAACCGACAAGGACAGUUCCUGUAUUUAACAAAAAUAAAAGCAGCGUUCCAUUUGUGAAAAGAAAUAAAAAUCAAUAUGUAAAUUGUAAUUUUAGGUAUUAUGUAAAAGAUAAAAAUUAUUUAACCCAAAACAUAGAUGAUAAUAUAAAAUGGGAACAAAUAGAAAAAGUAGAUUAUAUAAUAUUUGACAAUACCCCAUUGUCUUGUCCAAUAUGUCUAGAAGAUAAUAUAAUAUCUCCAAGAAUUACAAAGUGUAGACACAUAUUUUGUUUUUUUUGUAUUCUGAAAUAUUUUAUUGAUGAAGAAAAAAGAAUAUGGAAAAAAUGUCCCAUCUGUUUUGAAAUAAUAAAUGAAAAUGAUUUAAGAUUAGUAAAAUUUCAUUAUGUAAAAAAUUAUAAUAUUAAUGAUAGUAUAAAUAUGUGUCUACUAUAUACAGAAAAUAAAAAAAUAAAUUUAAAGUCAGAUAGAUUAUAUUUCAAUAACAGCUUUAAAAUAACGAAUAAAAAUUUUGUCAAAAAUAGUAAAAUGGUUGAUUAUAAGUACGUUGUUAAUAUAGAUUACAUGAACAAAAAUUUAACUACUUUUAGCCAAAAUCAUUCAAACAAAAUUUUAAAAUUAAAUUUAAAUUUAGGUAUUCAAUUUGCCAAACUUUUCUAUAUAUAUAAUCCACUCGCAAUAUGGAUAAAAGAUUUAACUAUUUUUAAUUUCAUUUUAACCAAUAAAAAAAUGCAUAUGCAUGCAUCAGAUCAAAAUGUUAUUGAAAAAGCCAUAUCAGAUAUUAAACUAAAAAUCUCUCAAUAUUUAAACAUCCCCAUUGAAAAAUUUAACCCAGAGCUCAACAUUGAUGAAAAAACUUUUGAUUCUUUUUAUAUGUAUGACAACCUUGCACAUGAUGUAUAUAGUCAAAAGUACACGACGAAGGAAAAUUUCACGGCAGGUGAAAAAUUCCCACUUCACUCCCACAAGAGCAAUAAUGAAGGUUCGACCGAUUUUAAGUAUUUAGAGAUAGUUCAAAUAUAUUUUUAUCAAUGCAUAGAUGGACAAUGUAUAUACCUAGACCCAUUUAUUUUAAAUUUACUUUUUUUUGAAUGCGAUAAUGACAUGAAUAGAAUGCCAAAAUUCCUGUGCAACAAGCAAAUUACCUUUAUUGAAUCCUUCGAAUUGGAUGAAAAAACCAGAAAAAGGUAUUCUAUUUUAUUUCAUCUACCUCUAGGUGUCAAGGUUUUGUUUGUUUCCUUGGAUAUAGAUGAUAUUUUAUCGGAAAGAACCAAAGCUCAUUUUUCAAAGGAAAUAUCUGAUAGAAAGAAAAAGCACCAUUCAAUUAUGAGAAAAAAAAUCAAGGAGGAAAAAUAUUUUAAAAUGCUAGCCGAUGAAGAAAUGGAUAGAAAGGAAAAACGUUACUGGAAUUUACCCCAAAAUACAAUAAAUAUACAAAGUGAUACAAUCAAUAUAAGUUCUAACAUGUUAAGAUUAGCAAACCCCAUGGGUGAAGAAAAAUAUCUUCAUGGAGAAUUGCAUGAUACAAUGGUAAAACAAGACUACUCUGCAGCAUGCGAAGCUCAUGUAGACAAUGCAAUUACAGACAAUGCAAUUACAGACAAUGCAAUUACAAAUAAGGCAAUUACAAAUAAGGCAAUUACAAAUAAGGCAAUUACAAAUAAGGCAAUUACAAAUAAGGCAAUUACGGAUAAUGUAAAGGGGAAACUUGUCAUAGGUGAACAAAAGGGUAAGACAGAAAAGGAAGGAAACGUAAAAUGGAAAAAUGUCGGAUUGAUGAAUGCAACCAAUAAAAAUAACGAACAUACUCCUAAAAGAAGUUUUCUAGAAAUAGCAACACAAAAAUGUGAUGCUGAGAAUAUUAAAUUAGAUAUGGGGAAAAAGAAGGAGGAAGUUUUAUCCAUUGGCUCAGGCUCGGUUCAUGUUAAUUUGAUAGAUUUAAUAAAUACGAAAAGGGGUAAAAAAAAAAAAAAAAAAUAG